AUGCCUCCCCUCGAGACCGAGCCCACGGCGGACGAGGUCGUCACGUACGGCAGCCCGACGGCCAGUCCUCCCGACCUGAGGCUGCUCCACUACAACGAUGUCUACCACCUGGACGCCUCCUCGGCCGAGCCCGUGGGCGGCAUUGCCCGCUUCAUGACCGUCUGCAAGGAAUACCAGCAGGGCGACCGCUUCAGGGACCAGCCCGCCUGCCUCACCCUCUUCUCCGGCGACGCCUUCAACCCCAGCCUCGAGAGCUCCAUCACGAAGGGCAGCCACAUGGUGCCUGUCCUCAACGCCCUCGCCACCGACUGCGCCAGCCUCGGCAACCACGACCUCGACUUUGGUGUCGGCCAGUUCCGCACCCUCGCCGCCAGGUGCUCCUUUCCCUGGCUGAUUGCAAACGUCCUCGACCCGGCCCUCGGCCCGGACGUCCCCAUCGGCAACGCCCGCCGCACCCACAUCAUCACCGCCUCCAACGGCCUGAAGAUCGGCAUCAUCGGCCUCGGCGAGCGCGAGUGGCUCGACACCAUCAACUCGCUCCCCCCGGGCCUCAUCUACAAGUCCGCCACCGAGACCGCCAGGGAGCUCGUCCCCCAGCUGCGCCGCGACGGCGCCGACCUGGUCGUCGCCCUCACCCACAUGCGUGAGCCAAACGACAACAAGCUGGCCGAGAACGUCGGCGACCAGAUCGACCUCAUCCUGGGCGGCCACGACCACUACUACGCCCACAGCUUCAUCAACGGCUGCCACGUCCUGAGGUCCGGCACCGACUUCAAACAGCUCAGCUACAUCGAGGCCCGCAGGGCCCCGCCCGGCUCCCCCAGGCCCUGGCAAUUUGUCAUCUACCGCCGCGACAUCGUCUCCUCCGUCCCCGAGCACGCCCCCACCCUCGAGCUGGCAAGCAAGCUCACCGCCAAGCUGAAGCAGUCCCUCGAGAAGCCCGUCGGCUGGACCGCUGCCCCCCUCGAUGCCCGCUUCACCACCGUUCGCCUGCGCGAAUCAAACAUUGGCAACUUUGUCUGCGAUAUCAUGCGCCAUCACUACUCGGCCGAUUGUGCACUAAUGGCCGCUGGCACCAUCCGUGGUGACCAGGUUUACCCCCCAGGCCCCAUCCGCGUCAGGGAUAUCACCGACUGUUUCCCCUUUGAGGACCCCGUCGUGGUCCUCAGGGUUACCGGCCAGGCCAUACGAGAGGCCCUCGAGAACGCCGUGAGUCUGUACCCGGCACUGGAAGGGCGUUUCCCGCAGGUCUCCAACAUCCGCUUUACCUUCGACCCGAAAAGAGCAGUGGGCGACAGGGUUACCACAGUGGACAUUGCUGGCGAUGGGUACCUCCCCGACAAGACUUAUGUGCUUGCCACCAGGGGCUACAUGGGCCGCGGUAAAGACGGCUACAAAUCCCUUCUUAUCGAGGAGGAAGGCGGCCAGGCCGUUGAGCUCGUCUCGGAGGAGAACGGCAUUCUGAUCUCUAUGAUGCUGAGACAGUAUUUCAUGUCCCUCAAAGUCCUUGACCAAUGGGCGGGCUUCGGACCCUCCAUGAAGCGCCACUGGGGCAAGGUUGUUUCCAACGUCACCAAGUCCCACCCGUGCAUGGAGCCGAAACCUGCAACUGUCGCCUCCCCCGUGGCUCAGACCCCAGUGACGCCGAUAUCAAGCAAGUCAUCUAGGCGAGGCUGGGAGCACUUCUCCCCAGAAAAGAUGCGCCAGAGGAGGAGUAGUGUGGGGCCGCUGACAGAGAGGGAGACCGACGUUGAGCAUGAUGGCUCCAGCCCUUCCCCGGAGCCCAGGCCACUCGAGGGCAUUGCGGAGCAAGACGACGACGAGGAAGCUGAGCUGAGGAUCAUGAGGAAGACGUUUCGGAAAUGGUGUAAAAAGGCUGGCGUCAAUGCAAGCGCUGGGGACGGCCUUCGGGAGAAUGAAGUUGACUGUGACUGGACCAAGGCCAUCGCGCCACAGGUUGAGGGGAGAAUAUCCAUGGUCGGAAACUAG